CUUUAGUCAUGGCCAAGUUGCGUUUUAAAUUCUACGUGGAGGAUAUCCGUCCCAGAGGUGUCCUGUCUAAGAUAGAGAACUAGCACCGAGUAGCGGUAGAUUCAGGGCCCAGCAACACUUUCAACAAGCAAGAUAGUACGGCCAAUAUGCCACGGCCGCCACAUCUGGUUCCUGAUCUCACAGUUCAUCAAGAGCCCUAUGGUUCUCUCAAUAAGGAGUUAUGUCUAUUCAUUCUCAGUAAAACUACCAGGCACGCUUUUCAAGUUCGUCACAAUAUCGUGCGGAAGGGUAGCCUAUUGUCUCGUCGCAAUAUUGGCUAUUCUUGCAGCACGAUCGUACUUGUCCGCAUCGUCCAAUCAGGUCACUAGGAUUACGUACAGUUUCUUGAACAAGUCGAACGGUGGAUUCCUGUGGGAACAAGACCAGUUACAAAAUCACACUGCGGCAGGAUCCAUUACGGUAUCUGUCUACCAGAAAUCACCCAAAUACCAUUACAGUGCCAAAGAACCUGAGGAACAUUAUUUUGCUGCAGAUCAGUCUUUGGGAGCAGGUUCUGUAUUGAGCAUAUGCGAAUCAGUGGGACGGGAAGCAGGUAAUCGAGCGAGCCGACAGCCGAAUAGGGUUGCCAUAGAUAGACGAUGCUCGCGUGGAUUGAGCGAAAGAACCUUGAUCUAUGAACCGAGUGUCCGCUAGAAAAUGGAUGGUUAUAUAGUCCAAGAAUAUCCGGAA